UCUCGUACACGUUAUUUCUCCCAUUUUUCUCUAUUUGCUCGCUGUCGUACCAUUGCCUCCUAUCCUUCAUCCCCUGCGUCUCUCUGUUUUUCAUAUUCUCUGCUCUUCCAUGGCAACGCCCAAUGAGAGUAGAAAUGCCUUUGAGGAGGUUGUGCCGCCAUCUGCAUCUGCAUCAUCUUCAAAUCCAGCGAAGAAAGGAAAAAGGGUGCCAUUCGAUGUGUUCAUAAACCAUCGUGGACCUGACACCAAGCACACGCUGGCCGCCUCCAUCUACGAUACCCUGAAAUCCAUGGGACUUGAAGUUUUCUUGGAUGAACCAGAGCUUGAACUGGGCGAUUUCAUACCAUUUGAGAUACAAGAGGCCAUGACUACUUCUUUCCUUCAUAUUGCCAUACUUUCGCCCAAAUAUGCAGAAUCUCCUUGGUGCUUGGCCGAAUUGUCAUUUAUGCUCAAAACUGGCAGGCCAGUUAUUCCUGUCUUCUACAAAGUUGAUCCCGGUGAUAUCCGCUGGACUGCCAAAGGAAAAGGAGUCUACACUCAAGCAUUUUCCAAACAUAAGGAAAAUGGCAGAUACAGUUUAGAAAAACUAGAGGAUUGGAAAGUGGCGCUGCAAAACGUUACAUUUCUUACUGGCCAUAUUGUCAAGGAGAAUGAUGAUGAAGGAAAAGAGAAGUUGUUGAAGGCUAUUAAAGACUACAUAAAGAAGCACUCUCAAAAGAUCCCAUUAAUGGUGGCCAAUUAUCCUGUUGGUCUUGAUGAAAUAUUACAAGACUUUGAAAGAAAUGUAUUUGACUCUUCUGAAAACAUCAAAAUUGUAGGGAUUGUUGGGAUGGGUGGGUGUGGUAAAACUACACUAGCAAAAUAAUACUAUAAUAAGACAAGAUUUUCCAUCUAUAAAUGCAGUUUUAUUCACAAUGUGCGGGAUGGGCCUAAAAAUGAUUUAUACAAGAAGCAAAAAAAGAUGCUACAAAAGCUUGGUUUUAAUGAUGGAGAAAAAAUCGAUAAUGUAGAAAAUGGAAAGGCAAUUUUAGUGGAGCAUUUGAGAUCUGUUCAAGUGUUUAUUAUUUUGGAUGAUGUAGACCAUCAAGAUCAAUUGGACUCUCUUUUGCCAAUAAAAGAUAGUUUUGGACAAGGUAGUGUGAUUGUUGUAACAAGUCGAGAAUCCAAGGUUCUCACAUCAUGGGGAAUCUCCUCCAUUUAUAAGAUGAAAGAAUUAAAUCCCAAACAUGCAAUGGAGCUUUUUUGCUGGCAUGCUUUCCGACAACCCUCUUCUGUAAAUGGAUUUGAAAAUCUUGUUCAAAAGUAUUUAGAAAUCUGUAAAGGAUUGCCUUUAUCUCUUAAAGUAUUAGGACGACUAGUUCAUGGAAUGUCCGAGGGUUAUUGGUAUUCUCAAUUAAACAAGGUCUCCAGAGUAUUGCCAAAAGACAUUAAAAGCAUACUAAAAUUGAGCUUUGAUGCACUAGAUGAGGAAGAAAAAGAGAUUUUCUUAGAUAUAUCUUGUUUCUUUAUAGGAAUAGAAGAACAACUGGCCAUCAAUGUGUGGGAUGGGUGCGGAUGGAGUGGGCUGCAUAGUUUGGUAAUACUUAAGAAUAAGUGUCUGGUUGAGCUCGAUGAGUGGAACUGCAUAACAAUGCAUGAUCAUCUGAGGGAUUUGGGAAAAGAAAUUGAAUUGGCAAAAGAAAAUGAUAAAUCUCCCUAUCGUCUUUGGUCACCACAGCGAAUUCGUGACAUUGAAAUAGAGGGGCAGGAAGGCGUGCGGAUUCGGGGGAUUCGAGGGAUUCAAGCGGAAACAGACGAGUUUUAUGAAGAAUGUAUGGAGCUUGUGGAGCUUGUGAGAGGAUCAGGUAAAAGGUUUAAGCGACAAUUAGAAAUCGUGAUUGUCAAAAACAACUAUUUUACAGAAGAAUUAGCCACACUAUCAGCAGGCCUUCUCUGGCUGCGAUGGUUCAAUUUUCCGCACACAGCUCUUCAGUCAUGGCUUCCGUUAAAGAAGUUAAGAGUUUUAGAGCUUCACGAUGGUGACAAAUUGGAAGAACUGUGGAGCGAGACUGCCGAUCCUCCUGUGCAGUUGAGAGAACUGAUUAUCUCCCAUGCCCAGAAUUUCCUGAAAUUUCCCAGCUCAAUAGGACGUCUAGAGCAUUUGAAAAAGAUAUCCUUGGGCCGCACAUGGGCCCCAUGGGCUCAACCUCCAAUGGAAGGUCUACCAGAAGAGUUUUGCCGACUCUUAUCGCUGGAGCACCUCGAGUUAAGAAGAUGUAAGAAUCUAAAAUCGCUGCCUAGCAAGUUCGGCGAUUUGAAAAAUCUGCGGCAUCUAGAUUUGAGAUGCACUGGGCUGAUGAUGUUGCCAGCUUCAUUUAAGCAACUUGUAAAUCUGCAAUAUAUUAAUUUUACUGGUUGCUCCGAGCUCACCUUGCAGCUGGACAUUCUUGAAAAUAUGACAAAUCUAGAGGCAAUGGAGGUUAAUGGAUGUGAAUUGCAGGUGUUGCCUACUCAAAUUACAAAUCAGGGAUCACUCAAAAAGCUCGAAGUGGGCUCCACAAGUUUAAUAGAAUUACCAAAUAACAUUGGUCAACUGAGCAAAUUGGAAGAGCUGAUAAUUGGAAGCAGUUCGUUGAAAACUUUGCCAUCUUCUAUGGGGAAUUUGUACUCCUUGACUAGCCUCGAAAUUUGUUCUGAGAAGUUGGAAUCCUUACCAGAAGCACUUACACAGCUUACAAGCCUUCAUAAACUGCAUAUUCGGGAGUGCCCACUAAAAGAAUUGGAUAUCCUGUCGGGGUGCUCUUCUUCUUCGUUGUGCAGCCUCAAAUAUAUAAGUGUAGCAGGGACUCUUGUGUCGAGGAUAUCAUUCUCUCAACAAUGUUGCCCCAGCCUGGAAUCAGUGGUGGUCACAGAAUUCAGAAAUCACCAGUUAGUAGAGAUAGAUAGCUUGCCGACAUCAGUGAAGACCUUAGAGUUGAUAACAUGUGAAAAGCUAAAAAGCAUAAGCGGUGUCAGUGGUCUGGUAAACCUUGAAAAGCUGGUUUUAAGUAAGUGUGGGGAGGCAUUAGAAGAGCUUCCAAAUUUUGAGGAACUAGUCUCACUCAAAGAAUUUACAAUCACAGAAUGUGCUGAACAGCUGAAGAUGAUACAAGGCUUAGAAUAUUGCAGAUCAUUGGAGACGUUGAUAGCGCACACUUGGUGGAAGGCACCACUUAUAAAGAGUCUGGAGAAUAACGAGAGUUUGAGAAGAGUAGAGCUCUUAGCAUGGAACGACGUAUCUGCAUUACAAACUUGCCUUCAAACUAUAAAGAAAAGGAAAUGGCCAUCAGAAUGUAUAAUCUGUGGAAGAACAGGGAGUGGUGUGGAGGCGACUCUGAGGUCUUUGAGCUUCCCGGGUCUCACUGUGUUUGAGUCAUGCUUGCGGGAGAAUACUGGUCUGUAUGGAGACCAACAUACAUUCAAAUGUGGGCAGAGGCGUUCCUCCAACGUGGCAGUGAUGUUGUUCUUUGUUAUAAAUUCCAUUUCUCAUUACACCUAUGUUCAUUUGUGGAAGGACCGCUCGGUAACCCAGUCUAUGAGGAUGAGAGCAGGGAAAUGGGUAUGGGUAGGUGUUUUCACACAAUCUUCCCCUUUGGGAUGGGAAGAGGAAUUUGCACUGCAGAAGACGGGUAAGAAUGUACCAGAUGAAGAAGACAUGGGAUUGUUAAUGAUGGGCGAAGAAGAAAGAGUUGUGGAAGCCUUUUACCAAUUAUUACAAUAUUUGGGGAACCAUGUGACACUCAAUCAAUGAAAAAUAUAAGAUUCAAAUAAAUUAUUUGAAAAUAAA